UAUAGAUCAACUCGCCACGGCUCUUUCUGCAGCCUCUGCCGAGGUCUCUGAUGACCUGGAGCAGCUGGAGCUGCUUCAGCAUUCAGGUUUCCAUUAGGCUGCAGAAACUGGACCUCCAGCAGUUCUUACAGGCUGUUUGUUCUGUAACUCAGCACUUUUAUCAGAUGUUCUGGUAACAGUUCUGUUGGUUCUGUUACUGAAAGAUUUAGGACCCUUUGUUGGACAUUUUCCUCCUCUGACGUUGACAUAGAAGCAGCUGAUGUCCUCCAGAAAGAUCCACCCAGAGGUUCUCCAGCUAAUCUGACAGAACCGUUUCACCUGGACCUAACAACAGUCCUCUUAUUAUUCAUCAGGCUGCAUUUAACAUUAUUACAGUGAUUUAAAGGAAAAUAAAAAUCAUUUGAAGAAAUACUGAGAGUGGAUGUAAAGCUGAAGGGGUCCGUAUUCUGGUUGGCGCCGGGCGGGUAACAUCUUCCAGCUAUGUAAAUGUUUAGUGCAGCUUUCUGUUUGUUUUCCUGGUUUAAAAGAAACGGAUCUUGUUUCUCUCGUUCCAGCAGGAAGAACCUUUGACCUGAAAUACACGGUAAAAACAUUCAUCCAAUCAGAGAACAGACUAAAGCCAAUCUGACUUACCUGUAAGAAAGGGGGCGGGAUUUAAAGGCUGACACGUCACAAACUGGUUCUGUUGUAGGCUCUCCUCUCUAGAUCCAACAGAACCGGUUUAACAGCAUCUGAAGCUACCAAACAUUCUCAGUCUCCAUUCCACAGCAGCUGAUCCCAGGUGAAAUGAGCCCAGAGGUUCUGGGCCUCAUGUUAGAAGAAGUUCUGCUACCAGAUCCAGUGAGCAGAGGCUGGUAGGAGUGAUCUGAGAGAUGUGUUCAGAACCACACCUCCAUGCUGGGUGUGUCUGUGAGAGCGUCUGGUUCCUGUACAGGAAGAGACAGUGAGGUGUUGUCAGAGAGGCUGGAGAUGAUCAGCUGCUGGGAGCUGAUGUCCUCCAGGGCUUUAAAGGAGUUCUACAGAACCUCCAUGUUGGUCUCUGACAGGAAGAUGAAGAUGGUGCUGGUGUUCUGGAUCCUCCUUCACAUGUCCCUGCAGGUCUCCGCUCUACAGAUGUUUGAGGGGGACCAGUUCGUUCUGCUGCCCUGUAAGUUUCACUCUUUGGAUCAGAACAGCGCCACAGUGGUGUGGAGCCGCUCGGACCUCAGUCCUUCAACUGUCCACAAGCGUGGACCAGAGGGAGAUGAACUGACAGAGCAGAACCAGCUUUACAGAAGCAGAACCUCCAUGAAGACUGAUGCUCUGGAAACCGGAGACCUGAGCUUGAAUCUGACCCACCUGCAGCUGACUGACACCGGAACCUACACCUGCAGCAGAGACGGACUGACACUGAGAGGUGUUAAACUGCAGGUGAAAGAACUAUUUCCAAUGUGGGCCAAGAUCUUCCUGGGCGUUCUGGUCUUUCUGGUUCUGGUUAUUUCUGGGGGCAUCUUCUAUCAUUUUCGGCACAAUUUCAUGACAGGUUAUAAAGUCAAGCUUGAGGAGGACUCAGGGGUGGAGUUUGUCCUGCUACCAUGUAGGACCACAGUUCACCUGCCCAAAGAUGCUAAAGUGGAGUGGACAGACAGUUGUAGCAACAAGGUCCACGUGUAUCAGAACCGCUGUAACAAGCCUGAGAAACAGAGCCGGUUCUACCGAAACAGAACCAAGAUGAAUGAAGACUUGCUGGAUUCUGGAGACCUCAGUCUGACUCUGAAACAUCCCAUGCGUGCAGACACAGACACCUACACCUGCAGCGUCUUCAGCAGGAGGAGACAUGUUCUGAUGAAGAAACAAGUUGAACUCCAGGUCAAAGUCCAACAGGUGGAGGUGGAUUCAGGGGCAGAUGCUGUCCUGCUCCCCUGUGAAACCACAGUUCAGCUGCUUCAGUCUUCUACAGUUCAGUGGAAGGACAGUGAUAACUGCAUGGUCCACAUGUUUCAGGGGGGUUCUGAUCACUUUGAACAUCAGGACAAGUUCUACAGAAACAGAACAGAGAUGAACAAAGACCUCCUACAAACUGGAGACCUCAGUCUGACUCUGAAACAUCUCACAUAUGGAGACAGUAACAUCUACACCUGCAGCAUCUCCAGCAGGGAGGGAGACCUCCUAAUGAAGAAACAAGUUCAGCUUCAAGUCAGAGACUGUCAGGUGGAGGUGGAGGAGGGGGCGGAGUCUGUCCUGCUGCCGUUCAAAGCACCACCGGAACUUCUUAGGGGCGCCAAGGUCGUGUGGUGGCGCUAUGAGCCUGGACCAGUGUUGAAGGUUCAUGUAUAUGAAACUGGUUCUGAACAACGUAAAGAACUGGAGCAGCUCUACAGAACCAAGACAAAGAUGAGUGAAGACCCGCUGAGAAGUGGAGACCUCAGUCUGACUCUGAACCGACCCGCUGAUGGAGGCCCUAGGAGAUACAGAUGUGGAGUCUGGAGGCAAGGGAAGCUACUGAUGUGGACGACCGUUCUUCUCCAGGUCAAAGGAAGAGUCCAGCUUCAGGAUGAACCGGAAGACAUCAGGGACAGAAACUGCUCCAUUGAUCUGACUCCACUCAUGGCUGACCUGUCAGAUGAAUGAUGGAUGAAGAGUUCAUCAGGCUCUGCUUCCUGCUCCUGUCUGCAGGCUGGGUAUUGGUCAGUCCUGAUGACUGAUCAGUGAUGUCAGAGUGAUGUCACAUGGCGAUCAUUGCUAGUCUUAGAAGCAGUGAGCAACACAUGUCCCCCAGCAGGGAAACCAGAAA